AUGUCGGCAAACAUGGAUGAAGAUAUCGACAUGGACCCUUCACUCCGUGAUAGAGAGGAACAGAUUGUGGUAGACAAGAUCAUCAACGAGGAGUACAAGAUCUGGAAGAAGAAUGCCCCAUUUCUCUACGACCUGAUCCUGAGUUCAGCGCUUGAAUGGCCAACACUGACCACACAAUGGUUCCCCGAUAAACAGACACACCCGGGCAAGAACUACUCUACUCAUCGUCUCCUGAUCGGUACCCAUACAUCUGGCAAUGAUAUAAACUACCUCCAAAUCGCCGAAGUCCAACUUCCCAACCCAGUUCCAGCUCCAGGUCAAGACCCAAGUCGGUACGAUGAGGAUAAAGAAGAAAUCGGUGGUUACGGUGGUGGCGCCGAAUGUCGCCUCCACAUCCAGCAAAAAAUGGUUCACGAGGGUGAAGUUAACAAAGCUCGAUACAUGCCCCAAAAGCCCGACCUUAUUGCAACUAUGUGCGCCGACGGAAAGGUGUUGAUAUUUGACAAGACAAAGCACCCAUUGAUGCCUGCAAAUACCCGGACAUGUCUCCCACAGAUGACACUCAUUGGGCAUGAGAAAGAAGGUUACGGUCUGAACUGGAAUCCCCACAAAGAGGGGCAUCUUAUCACUGGUUCAGAAGACGCAACAGUGAGACUAUGGGAUACUACCAGCUAUACCAAAACUAACACCCAACUCUCCCCCGUCCGCGUAUACACACAUCACUCUGCGAUUGUAAAUGACGUUUCCUAUCACCCUUGCCAUGAUGCUCUCUUUGGUUCAGUAUCGGACGACCACACACUCCAAAUUGUUGAUGUCCGCUCGUCAGAUACCACUUCCGCGGCCCACAAAGUUGUUGCACAUACGGAUGCUGUUAACUGUAUCGCUUUCAACCCAGCAUCAGACUAUGUUGUCGCUACUGCAUCUGCCGACAAGACUGUUGCGCUGUGGGACCUGCGGAGCUUGAAGCUCAAGCUCCACAGUUUGGCGGGACAUAACGCGGAAGUGAACGGAUUGAGCUGGCAUCCACAUGAGGAACCUAUUCUGGCGUCUAGCAGUGCUGAUCGGCGCAUCUGUUUCUGGGACUUGGCGAGAAUUGGGGAAGAGCAAAGUGCUGAAGACGCCGAGGAUGGUCCCCCAGAAUUGUUAUUUAUGCACGGAGGUCACACCAACCGUGUUUCGGACUUUGCUUGGAACCCCAACGACCCAUGGGUAAUGGUCUCGGCGGCUGAGGAUAAUCUCAUUCAAUGCUGGAAGGUGUCAAAUGCGAUUGUUGGCAAGGAUCAAGACGAUAUUCCUGCAGAUGAGCUAGAGGCGUAG